UUUCUUUUUGUUCACACACUUUUUUCCAGCUAAUUGUUUUUAUUUAAAACAAUAAAAAAAAAAACAAGUUCACAUGAUGGGAAGUUACAGGUUAGAACUGGUUUUACAUACAAGAGGGGGAAAAACCCCCAGAAUUUCAGCUUAACAUGAGAAGAAAAAUAUCCAGUGACAGUAUUCAAAAUGAAAAAUUGCAAAUCCCUCUCCAUCUUUUUGUUUCCCAGCCACUUCCCCUCAGUAUGAGCAGCACCUCUGUCCAAGACCCCCAAGCCCAGGGCCUGCCUUCCAGUAGUGGGCCCACCUCACCCUCCCGACCUCUACAGCCCUCCUCUGAAUCUUCAGUGUCUAAAAAAGUUUGCUUCUACAAAAGCGGUGACUACAAAUUCAGUGGCCAUCGUUUGAUCAUCACUGCCCGCACCUUCAAGACGUUUGAUGCUCUUCUGGAUGCUCUGUCCAAAAAAGUGCCUCUGCCGUUCGGAGUAAGAACAAUCACCACGCCGCGGGGAACUCACCUUGUUAAAGCUUUAGAGGACUUACAGGAUGGGGGAGCUUACGUGUGUUCUGAUCAGAAACGGGUGAAGCCGUUAAACCUGGAUGAGGUGAACCGGAGACAGGUACCUUGGAAUGCAACCAGACUGCUCAGCGCACGGCGGCGAAAGCGUCAAGGACUCCGAUCUGGUCAGUUUGAAAGAGGGAACAAUGCAACCAGCAGGCCAGCAAAGAUCACUGAAAGGGUGGCAGUACGGACUCCGAAGAAGCUUGUAGUCAUCAAAAACAGAGAUCCCACCGUUAAACGCACCAUAGUGCUGCAGAGGAGAACUGCACCAACAUUUGAUGCUUUGCUGGAUUACCUGUCUCAGAUCCUCCAGUUUCCAGUGCUGAAACUUUACUCCACCGAAGGCAGAAGAAUUGAUGGUCUUGCUGCUCUCAUUCUGUGCUCUGGAGUUGUUGUGGCAGCUGGAAAUGAGCCAUUCAGAUUAGGGAAUUACAACUUCCAAAGAACGGGCCAGAUUGCUCAGAUCUUGUUUGUGGAAAAUGUGGAGCCAUCGUUACAACCUAGUAUCAAGAAGAACAAAUCUUUCUCAAGUGGACGAGACUCCAGAAACUUCUCCCUUUCAUCAGAGCGAUUUGUUGUAAACCAGAUAAACACGUCUCAGAGUGGAAGCUUGAGUGGCCACCAGCACCAUCCCAAGAGAUCAUCAGAAAAAGAGUCUCAUCCGCUUCAGACAUCCACGGAAAUGUAUGAAAACGAGGGGAGAGACGUUGAGCCCGGUGCUUGCAUUGUGCCUCGAGAUGAUGACAUCGAGAAGUCCUUCUGUGUGAAUCCAGACGGCAGCAUGACAGUGGAGAUGAAAGUCCGCCUGACCAUUAAGGAGCAGGAGCUGCUUUACUGGACGACCACGCUCAGCCGCUCCAGCCUUAGCAGGAGGAAAGUCUGUACUUCUGGUUCUGCCUCUGAAAGAAACUCACCUGACUCGAACAACGUCAUUGCCAAAGACUCCUCGAAUGUUCAAGAGGACGAAACAAAAGAGGACAACUGCCACAAUGGGGCUGUCAGCUUUAACGAUGAGCAGACUUGUAAAAGCUUCACUUCCACAACUUUAGGGAAAGCUACAACAAGGCUGAAGCGCACUCCUACGCCAGGUCCCCGACACGUUAAUAAAAAGACGUCUGUCGAGAGCGUGAAGGUGGUUACAGAGACGGGGGUUCAGGAGAGCACCAAGGGACAUUAUUCUUAUACGGAGAGGACCAGAGAUGGUGAGACAGCUGAGGAGUUCUGCAUUGUUCGACACAGUAGCAGCAGCAGCAGCAGACCCAUGGCCAAACCUCGUACAACAGCAUCAUCAGGAGCGAGCAACGAGCGCUUCUCCACGAGGACUUCAGGGGAAGCCGAGGUCCUUCAGAUUCAGAACAACGGAAUGGAGGUCACAGAGACGGUGAUGCAUAUUUACGAAAGUCAAGGCUGUUACGACAACUACUUUGCAAAUGAGGAAUACAGCGCAGAUGCAGCUUCUUUACAAGCCUCUCCUUCGGUGGCAGAAAGCAAACCGUCCACAGACUCCGGGCCUCUCUCGUCCAGCAACGACUGCGAUAUAGAUUGUAACUGGCAGCCGCCUAAUGCUGAGUCACUGCAGAGGCAGAAAGAGGAGAUGCUUUCACUGUCAUCAGAACCAGAGUCGCUGACACGUCAGGUUGCAAACAACCCGUCUCCAGCACUGGAGAACAAAGCUGUCAACACACAAAGUAUGGAGAAAGUCAAAACAGAAAACACGGCAACAAGCAUCAAAAGGAAAAAGAUCAUCAGCUCAACAGCUUCUACAAACAGCACAGACAAAACCCGGAAAGAAAUCCGCUCCUCAAGGCACAGUAAACAUUCAUCUACUGAUAAGAUGAGCAGUGAUGCCAGUGUUGGGAAAAAGAGCCUGAGCUCAUCAGAGAAAUCCAAAAGUGUUUUAAACAGUAAAGGAGAGGAAAAAUCACACUCGAGACCAUCGAUCAAAGAUCAACCAAGACCCCAAAAGGGUUCAGCCUUAUCUCUACCAUCUGAAAAUGUUACAACAACCCCGCCUAAGAGGAUAAACACGGUUAAAGCUGCCGGAAAUGAUAACAGCCUCAAUGUAAAUUCUCCCAUCGGAAGGCCUCGGAUCAAAAAGAACAUGUCAGACAUUUUACCAACAAAAAAGUCCUCAGCGUCAAGCACAAGGACAAUUGGCAGGCCCAAGUCUCUGAUGGAAUGCCAGCAGUCACCUCCCAAGCUGAAUGUUGAGCUGAGUGAAAGUGGAUCCAUUCCUUCUCUCAAUCCCUCACCUUCGGAGAUCCACCAGUACGUCGAGGACUGGUUAGAGAAGGUCAGUCCGAACCCUGCGCCGUAUGCAGAAGAGCUGAUGGCAGACGACGCUGAAGCUCGGACAAAGGUUGUGUUUAAAUUGGGUGAUGACUCUGAAUCAGAGGAAGUCACUGACCACCAGACAAAUGUCAGUGAUGCUAUGAAGAAGUCCUCUUCCUGUCUAUCGGUUCCUCUUUUUCACGAGGGCCCAGCAACACCGCUGCUGCAAGGGGAACAGAGAGCACGAGGGCUGUGUGUUUCAAUGCCAAGUGUCAGAGCUGACCCACUAACACACGAGAACAAGCUCAGGCUGCACAAAUCCGCAGAGGCGAUCGGUCCAGAUGAAAGUGCAAUGUCUUUAUCUAACAUGUUGAGCCCCAAAGACAAGAUGAAACCUGUCCUCCAGCAGCUUUGCUCGUCAAUUCAGUGCAUCAGAAGAACCAGCGACGCAGCGCCCACGCUUCAAAAUUCCAGCAGCCUUCCCAAUUUCUCCACGCAAGUCGCCUCCGUGUUCGGAUCGUCGUGCAAAGCCUUCCUGUCAUUUCUGUCUGUGAUGACUUUGAAAGACAACCUAAAAGGCUCCCCGCCAGCCGGAGCUAAUCAGUCAAGAACCACGUCGGAGGCCAUGUUAAUGAUGGAAUCCCUGCAGAAGAUUUCCACCAUGGAGGACGAAGAGAAGCAAAGGGCCAGUCUGACUGAUUUGCAAAGCAGAGCGUCAUCUCAGUUCAGAGAGAGAUGGAAGGAUUUCCAGAUUAUGAGAGAAAGGUUUGAGAGCGAGCCGCUCUCCCCCAGAGUUUCAGAGACGGAGUUUGCUCUGGAUGUCGUUUCUGAAGGUGGGGAUCUGUUUGAGGAGCGUCGUCUGGGUCUGGAUGAGCUGAUGGAUGAGCUGAACAUGCCGCAAGACCUCCGGGAGGAAAUCGCCUCGACGAUCCAAAGCUUCUACCCGGUCGACGAGAGCACCUUUGUUGAGACGGUUAAGCACGAAUCAGACUCGGAGGAAGACGUGGAACUGCUUAUUGGUGAAGAUGAAACAAAACUUUCACCAGAGGCCGACAGUUCAGCUGAGGACCUAAAUGAAGCAAGAACAGAAUUUAACGGGUCAGAAGAAUCAGAGAUAAACAAGCCGCCGAAAGAUGAGGAAGUAGAGGAAGGAAAUCCAAAAGAGAAUGAAGAAAAAGAAGAAUGGAAAAGGGAAGAAGGUGUUGUAGUGAGGUUUCUUGAGAAGGCAGGAAAUGAUGAGAAGCAGAAAGAUUGGGAGGAAGAGAGAAUAAGUGGUGGAGAAUCUGAUGAGAAAGGAAGAGCAGGAAUAACAGAGGAUGAGGAGGUCAUGAGGAAUAGGUUAGAAGGAAUAGAUAAAGAUCAAACUGAAGAGAAUGGUGAAGGGUUAGCAGAUGAAACAGGACAUGAAGGUAGCGUAGAAGAUACGGAUGAAAGAGAAGGUGCCAACGAGACAGAGGAGGAAGAAAAGGAAGCAGAAACUUUAAUCGAUGAGAGUCAGGAGGAAGGGGACAAUUUUUCUGAGGAUGUAGAAGAGGAGGAGCGAAUGGGGAAGGGUGAGCUCCACGAUGAAGAUGAGGAAGAACCUUUAACAGAUGGCAGGGGUGAGGAAGAAGGAGAAAAACUAUGUUAUGUGGGUGUAGAGGAGGAAGGAAAAGGUGAGAAUGACGACAGAGAUGAGGCAGAAGCUUUAAGUGAUGAGAGUCAGAAGAAAGUAGAAAAUCCUUGUGAUGUAGAGAAGGGAGGAAACAGUGAGGAAGAUGAAGAAACCAUAGAACAUGAAGAGAAAGAGGUGGAAGAAAAUGGCCUCACAGAGGAGGCAGAGGAAGGGACUGAUGAAAAGUGGAAAGUCAGUGAAGAGAAAUGUGAGGAAGCAAACAGGGAGGAGGGCAAUGACAGAACUGAUGAAGGUGAAAACAAAGAAGAGGUGAAGCAGUUAAUGAAGGAAGUUAUAGAGAGAAAUGUCAAUGAGGAGGAAUUUAGUGAAGAAUACAAAAGUGAACAAAAAGAGAAGGACGACACAGAAGAAGAAAGGUGUGAUCAGGCUGAAAAAGACAGAAAUGUUCAGGAAGUAGAAUCAACAGAAGAAGGGGAAGUCAUAGAUGAGUUAGGGGAUGAGGAAAACAUGACUGUAGAUGAAGAGGAGAGGGUCAGUGAUGAAGAAGAGCGGCCUUCAGAGCACAGAGGCAGCUGCCAAGGAGCAAAUCUACAAGAUAAUCAGGAAUCUCCUUCCCAGUAUUCCUCUGAAGGCCAGUGUGAGGAUGACAAAGGCAGAGACACUGCCCACGAAACAGAUGAAGGAGGGGAAGAGCAUGAAGCUGGAAGCAUCAGUUUGUCCCAUCCAGGAGAAAUUUCCCAGGAAUUACUUGACUUUGUGAAUAAUGCCCUCCAGUCCCAUUCCCUGGUGUUCACAUAUGACACCCAGGGGAACUUGAGGAUAGUGACUGACAACGCUCGAGUUGUACAACCCAAACAAGGCAUGAUACCAAAAGCUGGGAAGGACAAUUCUUAUGGUUUAAAAUGUCUGCCAAGCCCGAUCACGUCUGAUUUAUCUGAUUACAGACCGGAAACUUCAGGAAGUGGAGGAUAUAAAACCCAGGAGUCUGAAGACAUUGUUUCAGAGAAUGGAGAAGAUGCUCCAGAGAAACAGUCAAUCAAAACUCAAUCAUCAUCCAGGACUGAGAGAAGGAAUCAGAGACGGGCUGUCUCAAAUGUGUCUGCUGUGAGCAGCUCAGAGGCCUUGCAGAAUUCCAGUAUCGGAAGUGUGAGGAGUUCCAGCGAUGCCGGUACUAAGUCUUCCAGGGAAGAUCUCUCCUAUUUCAGUGCUGCGAGCUCACUAAAAGCAGAAGCUGAAGCACAAAAUGCACAAAGCAACACCGAUGGUGUUUUGAUUGAUCAAGGGAGGUGGCUUCUGAAGGAGAACCACCUCAUACGGAAAUCUCCUCCAGUCUCCUUGGGAAUGUACAGGGAUUUGGACAGCACAUCCGUAGACACAGCUCACGGGAACAUGAGUGAGGAUUCCCCGCCUUACACCAAAACCCAACACGACCCCCUCGCUGCCAUUUCCUCAUCGGAGCUCGAGGAGAUGGCGAAGCCUCUAACUCCAAAGUGCACCUACUACAACAUGCCUCACGGGAGUGACUCCGACCCGUUUUUAGACGACGUCAGCGACAGAAGUGUGAAGCUCGACGCGAGCAGCGUGAAAGCACGAGGCUUCAGGGUGUCGCCAGCUGUCGACACGUCUAAAACUUGGACAAACAGAAAUGGAAGCCUGUCGUCGUUUGCAUCGGUUGAGUUCAAAAUCCCAGACAGGAAGGUGCAUCCUGAGGGUGAGUCAUCAGCUGUGAGGCAAACAAGAAGGACAUCUAGUGGAGAGCAAGGUGCAUUACAACCUCAGGACUCUCUGGAGUCAUUGCAUUUGAGAUGUGGUCAGUACUGCCCCAUACUGUAGGAGCUGGACUCUGACUGUCAACAAAUACGCUGUUCUGCUAGUUUUUGAGGGACUGGUUUUAUUGUGUUGCUGCUAGAAAGUGAUUUAUUUUAUAUAAGCAUACUGUUGCAGAGGAGAGUUGUGCCUCUGGUGUUGGUGUUGUCAAAAAUAUUUUUAUACAAAAAAAUAAAUUCAGUUGAUGCUGAUAAAAUUAAUGUUUCAGCAAAUUAAAAACAGACUUUUUACCGACUCUGAGUUUCUGACUGCCAGUUUGUACAUUCCUGAUUUAGAUGAAAACAUCAUUUUUUCCCCCUGUAUCAGUCAGAGAAGUAAAUCAUGUCUGUAUUUAUGUUUGUUUUUAGGAAUGUAGCAAAACGGGAGGAUUUAAAAGUAAAGAGGUAACUUUAAAUAUUGGUGAAAGGGUUAAAAAUAAUAGACAUUAUACUUAUUUUAUCAGUAAAUCAAACUGGAAAAAUCUAACCGUGCCUUCAUUCAAAUAUUUAGAUUUAGAUUAGUUAUUAAUACACAGUAAUUUGAU